AUGAGGGAGACAGCUCCUCUCCGAGCCUCACAGGUUCUUCUUCUUCUCUACCCGGAGAUCGCCCUCGUUCUAAUGGAUUCUAUACAAGAACAUGGCGAAUCAUAGUCCUGAUAAAAACCGCAUUAUUGGAGAAAAUUUCUUGGAUAUUAUAUCAUUAUUUUCCCAUGAACUGGAAUGAGAUGUCCCACGCUUCUUUCAGAACAUGUAUACUGGAAACCCUGCCUUGAAGUCAAGCGGAGCGCUCUCGGUAGCAGUUCCAGCGGAGCUUGCAGGCCUCCACAAGUUCUGGAGGGAGCAUGGAAAGCUCCCAUGGAGGCGCCUGGUUAUGCCAGCUGCAAGCCUGGCCUUCAAAGGCUUUCGGAUAUCCCCCUACCUGCACAUGCAGAUGGUCAGAACCCAGUCAGGCAUCCUGGCGGACAAAGGGCUCAGCGAAAUAUUCUCAGUCAACGGUACUCUCCUACAGAUUGGUGAUCUAUGUAGGGAUGAGAAGCUCGCAGAGACUCUCAGAUCCAUUGCAGUUCAUGGGCCUGGAUCACUCUAUAAUGGCCCCGUCGGAAGAAAAUUAAUCGGAGACAUUCAGAGAUCUGGAGGAAUACUGACGAUAAAAGACUUGCAGAGUUAUCGGGUGAAGGUGAAGAAACCUCUCUCUUCUGUGUUCAUGGGGCUCGAGCUCCUGGGCAUGCCGCCGCCUUCUUCUGGUGGUGCUGGAAUGAUGCUGGUGAGUGCCAAAUCAUCUAAACCAUUUAUUUAUUAUCGCCUGUUCUUCUGGUUUAUAUCUCCAUGCUUAAAAAUAAAUAAUAAUAGUAAUAAUAAUAAUAAUAAUGUUAUUUGACCCAGGUUUUAAAUAUUCUUGCACAAUAUGGGUUACCAUCUGGGAUAUCAGGUGCCCUUGGACUCCACCGAAUCAUCGAAUCGCUUAAACACAUGUUUGCUGUGAGGAUGAACCUGGGUGACCCAGACUUUGUGGAUGUCUCCGAUGUGCUGUCCGAUAUGCUUUCUGUGAAAUUCGCUGAGAGCUUGAAGAAGGACAUUUCUGAUAAUAAAACAUUUGAUUCAAAGCAUUAUGGUGGAAGGUGAGAACUAUAAUUUAAUUUACUGUUAUGUUUUUAUUCUUGUGAUCUGGGAUUAAUCAUCGGACACGCCUCUUUUUUAUUUGUAUGGUUUUCUGAGGACCCAACCAAUUUUUUUUUUAAUUCAUCAGUGAAUAGUUGGGUGAACGGAUCUCAUUUCUAGGAACAUCAGUUUUGCUUGUGAUGCUGCUAUAAUUUCCAUUGGGUUAACCUUCGAGUUCAUGGGAUAUUAAGUAAUAUCAUUGAAAAAAAAAAGGUAAUUGUUUUUUGAGUAAAAAUUGUAUUUGAUCCUGGCGAAAUCACUUUUAUUCAUGGUAUUGAUGUGAUUUCGGCUGGGAUUAAAUAAGAUAAUUUGCAAGAAAAUUUCAAUAUUUGUUUCUUAUAAAAUUCUGUGGAAUAAAUUUCACUCACGAUAUUGGUAUAAUUUUUAUACUGACAGGAAAAUCAAGCAAUAUAAUUUGCAAAAAAUCCAAAUGUUUUUUAUAAAAGAAAACUUGUAUUCUAUCCAGGUGGAAUCUGUCAUUUCCAUUGGAUUAAACCUUCGUAUUCAUGGGAGAUUAAACAGUAUCAAAUACGAAAAAAUUCCCAUUAUAUUUUCUAAUAAAGAUAUUUAUUUGAUCCAGGUGGAAUCAACUGGAUGAUCAUGGCACAAGUCACUUAUGUGUCGUCGACAGCUCCCGGAAUGCAGUUUCUAUGACGAGCACGAUCAAUUCCUAUUUUGGGGCUGUUAUCCGGUCACCAAGCACCGGGAUUGUGCUGAACAACGAGAUGGAUGACUUCUCAAACCCCAUCAAUGCCUCUGGGAAUGUACCGCCACCUGCCCCAGCGAACUUCAUUCGCCCUCUGAAGAGGCCGUUAUCCUCCAUGACACCAACUAUCGUGGUCCAGGUGAGCCCAGAAUCUCACCCAUCCGAGGAUCAUUGAUAUCAGUUUGAAUUAAUCGAAGAAAACCAUUUUUUAGCAUAUUUUUCUGCAAUUGUGUUUAAUGGAGAAUUUCAUUUUUAAGGAUGUUUCUUCUUGGGUUCCUCUUUAGACGGCUGUUGAAUCGAAAUCCUUUCUGGGCCUUUCAAAAAAUUGGAAUUGUCCCACCCUAAAUAAUUAAAUAAAUAAAAAUUAAUUAAUGAAUUAAUUAAUUAAUGUGGAGACCAAUGAUGAGGAAAAGCUUGGAAGCUCAGACUGGCCAUAGGGAAUCGGCUGGUAUUUCUUCCUAUUUAUGGCAUGCUCACUGUUUGAAGAGUUUAUCUCACUAUUGGAUGAUCGUAUCUGAUUGCUUCUGGCCUGCUGGUUCUGCAGGACGGGCAGCUGAAGGGGAUAGUUGGAGCAAGUGGGGGCGCCAUGAUCAUUGCAGGAACCAUAGAGGUUUUCUUGAAUCAUUUCGCCAAAAAGAUGGAUCCCCUUUCUUCUGUUAUGGCCCCUCGAGCUUAUCAUCAGGUAUAAAACAAGGUCUCACGCUCAUGAACUUGAUUGUUUCCUGUGUUUCUCUUCUCUAUGAUCAGAGACGAUCGCCAUCAAUCUAAGUAGAACGAAGAACUCACUUGCCAGAAAUCUAGGAGCCCUGUUAUAAUCUUGUUCUUGCUGAGGAAGAACCCCGGAAACCUAGGAUCAUCCAGCUCAAUUACUUUCUUCAGAAAUUUAUCUUUUUUUUUUCUUCUAAAAUCACCACUGGAUCAUUAGAGAUAUUAACAUUAGUUCUUCUCACAGAGUAUAAUCUCCCAAAACCCAUGAUCCAGACAUAGUUUGUAUUAAUUAAAAAAAUUUCUGCCUCCAGUUGAUCCCUAACGUCCUCAUGUAUGAGAACUGGACGACGGUCUCGGGGGACUACUUCGAGGUUCCUGGCGAUAUUCGGGCGGCGUUGCAGAAGAAGGGCCAUGUCCUCCAAGCCCUCGCCGGCGGCACCAUCAGCCAGCUGAUAGUCCACAACCUGGAGGAUUCAGCCUCCGAUCAUGGGGUCCGCAAGGGGACACUCACUGCUGUGAGUGACCCUCGAAAGGGUGGCUUUCCUGCUGGCUACUGA